AUGGAAAAUUUGUCUUCUUCUUCUUCUUCUUCUUCUUUUGAGGACAAUUCGGUGAAAGAAGUCAUCAUGCUGGAAGAGAGUAACCAAAAACCAGAAUGGCUUGAACCUUUUAUGCAGACAACAUUCUUUGAUGUUUGUCCCAUUCAUGCAUUUUUCCAGAUUGAGAAGAAUGCUUUUUGCAUCAACUGUUGCGUAGAUAUUUGUCAAUACUGUUUGUCUUCACCUGCUCAUCGUAGCCACAAGAUUAUACAAAUCUACAGGCAUGUCUAUAAAGAAGUUGUCUCAAUUCCUACCAUUGAAAACUACAUGGAUUGCUCCAAGAUUCAGCAAUAUAAGUGCAACAAGAAGAUGGUGUUGGCUAUAAAACCCCUUCCCCAUGUUUCUACUGCUGCAAGAUUUGAUGUAGCUUGCAGGGGCUGCGGCAGAAGACUAGCCAUGCCCAGCCUUCAUCUAUACUGCUCUAUUUCGUGCAAGGUGAAAGUAUUUGACUUGAAAUCAAGUUCUUCAGCUCCUCCAUUUCUUUCUCCUAACAAAGUGAAAAAGAGAACUGAUUCAGCACCCAAAACCAGAAAGCAACCAAGGAAAGGGAUUCCUCAAAGGGCUCCAUUUUUCUGA